AUGUUACACUUAGGAAGACUUUCCCAAUACCCUGAAGUCACUUGCAAUUCUCAAAGGUUUUUACACACUUGUGUCAAAUGUCAAGUUCACAUUAAAGACAAAUUGCAACCAUACAAAUGA